GAUAAGAGCUUACGUAGCUUGUUUGUGCCGCAUUCAAUACUGAAUAUAAUUUGAUCAAAGUUACAUUAAAAUAAUAGUACUCAAAAAUGGAAGUGGAUCCACCUAAGGAACUUUUAAAGCCAUUAGAGAUCCCCAACAAAAUUUUAAUGGGACCUGGACCGAGUAAUUGUUCGCAAAGAGUUUUACGAUCACUGGGGAAUCAGGUGAUAGGCCAUCUUCAUCCAGAAAUGUUUAAGUUAAUGGACGACAUCAAGGCUGGGAUUCAAUACGCAUUUCAAACGAAAAACAAAUUAACUUUGGCACUGAGUACAGCGGCUCACGGUGGUAUGGAAGCAUGCUUGGGAAAUUUAAUCGAGCCAGGAGAAACAGUGUUGAUUGCUAAAUGUGGAAUUUGGGGUGAACGUGCUGCCAAUAUGGCGAAUCGUAUUGGUGCACGUAUUGAAUUCCUGACGACCGAAUAUGGAAUUGGUUUCGAUCUCGACAUUUUAGAAUCUUUUUUGAAAAGAUUCAAGCCCGCCGCAGUUUUCGUAGUACAAGCUGAAUCUUCGACUGGUAUGAAACAACCAUUGGAAGGUGUAGGAAAUCUCGUUCAUCGGUACAAUUCGUUGUUAAUCGUCGAUUGUGUGGCGUCGUUAGGAGCCGAGCAAUUAUUCGUAGACGCUUGGAAGAUCGAUGCUGUUUAUGCGUGCAGUCAAAAAGUUCUUGGUGCUCCGGCAGGUAUAACGCCGAUAUCGUUCAGUCCAUUAGCAGUUGAAAAGAUCUUCAAUAGGCGUACAAAUGUUUCAACAUAUUAUUGGGACAUGAAGAUAUUAGGUGAUUAUUGGAAUUGUUUUGGCAAUCCAAGGAUUUAUCAUCACACGAUUAGUGCCACACUUAUUUACGGAUUACGCGAAGCUUUGGCCGAAUUAACGGAGGAAGGUUUACGCGCUCGUUGGUCCAGACACGCAUCCGUGGCUAUCAAAAUGCGCGAGGAACUUCUGAAACGUGGAUUUCGACUUUACGUGAAAAAUCCGAAAUAUCAGUUAUCUACGAUCGUAUCUAUCGAGAUACCAAAUGGUGUCGAUGUUAAAAUGUUAUCUGCUAGAGCUAUGGAAAGAUAUGGCGUUGAGAUCAGCGGCGGACUUGGCCCAACUGUUGGCAAAAUUUUACGAAUUGGUUUGAUGGGAAACAAUUCUACGUACCGUCACGUCGAUCUUCUACUUGAUGCUCUAGACGAUGCGCUCAAAUUCUCUACAAAAUCGAAAAUGUAACUUUUAGUUGUUUGUUUAUUCGUGCGUAUAUCCGUGCAGGAGCUUCUCCAUGACCGAUUGAAAAUAUACUUUCGUUAUUUCCGAGUUUGAUUACGUAAAAAAAAAAAAAAAAAAAGAGAGAGAAGACUGCACGGAAAUAAAUCUUAUCGUGCAGACGAAAUCAACGAGCUGGAGUAAAUUUAUUUUAUUAAUGAAAAUACUGCAAUCGGCAUACAUUUUCUUUCGCUAUUUAAGCUUCAUUGUAUUAAUUAGCAGUGUCAACAGUUAGGUACGUUAUUUCACUUUCGGCGUAACAAGAAAGAUAAUAUCUGAAUGUAUGUAUACAUAGAUAAUGAAAUUACAAUGGGAGUUAGAGAUAAUGGCAAUAAAUCUAAGUAAGGUAAUGAUAAUAAACCGAUAAUAAUUAAUUAAAUUGAUUAAUUAAUUAUAUCUCAUUGUUUUGGCACAGUACAUUAUCUAUACUUUAACAAAUUUUUGCGUGCUGCUGAAUAACGAUUAUUAAAUAAUAUCGCACGGAUUUUCGAUUCGAUUCGAUUCGAUUCGAUUCGAAGGAUGACGAUCUAUAAUUUUAAAUUGAUCCUAAUCACGAUACGAUCUGAUCGAUUUGACUAUCUAAAAAAAUCAUUGCCAUUCGAUUUAACUCAAAAAAUUGUAAAGCUAAAUCUAUUAGAAAGAAAAAAAAAAAAGAGAGAGAAAAGAAAAGAAAGGAAAGAAAAAAGAAAAGAAAAGAAAAGAAAAAAGAAAUUAGAUAAAGAUAGAUAACAUGCAUACGUAAGUGGUGAUGACUUUAAAUAAUAAUGACAUUAAUAAUAAUAACUAUAAUUACAAAUGAUAACUUGUUACAUCAAAUCCCGUAUAUCGCGGGUUCGAUGAAGAUAUAUUAUAAACUAUCGAGCUGUAUAAAUAAUAUUAAUAAUAAUAAUUAAUAAUAAUAAUAAUAAUAAUAAUAAUAAUAAUAAUAAUAAUAAUAAUAAUAAUAAUUGAUCGUUCAUUAGCAUACCGAUAGAUGCAUAAUUUCGUUACACAUUAUAUACGUUCAUUUAUUCUUUUUUUCUACUCCUCCUUCUCUUUCUCUUUCUUCUUCUUCUUCUUCUUCUUCUUCUUCUUCUUCUUCUUCUUCGUUUUAUGUACAAAAUUGUCAACAAUCAACAGACUGUCAGUGAUAAUCAUAAGUAAAAUCCUAUAUAUUCUAAUACUAUAGUUAAUGGUAUCGGACUAAUGCAUGCACGUAAAUAAUUAAUUAAAGGCACGAACGGUAAAUAGCGGAUCAACGCUUUCCGUAAAAAAUAUGUAUAUAUGUACGUCUGUAUGUAUAUGUCUCUCUCUGUAUGUGUCUGUAUAUGCGUGUCUGUGUGUGUGUCAAAGAAAGAAAUUAAA